UAUUGAAACCAGAUCUGAUCAAACUCUUGCUGUCUGAGAAUAUUUAUAGAAACGGUAAAAAAACUCUCCGAUAAGAAGAUACGCUACUAUGAAAUUUCAGUUGCUCGCUGUUGCCUUGAUAGUCUGCCAGAUAUCUCCGCUGGCGGCGCUUCUGUGGCCCCCGCGAUGUUACAGGAUAGUGGACAGCGGAUACUGCGAUGCACAAUACCUCAAGUGGUUUUACGACUCGAACAUAAAAGGAUGCAAGGCGUUCACAUACGGCGGAUGUGGCGGAAACUGGAACCGCUUUCCUUCGGAAAAAAGAUGCCUACAGUCGUGCCUACAGAAACUUGAACCUGAAUUGGUCUGCAGCGCCAAGCCAGAUCCCGGUAAUUGCAAAGCAUACCACCCAAUGUGGUAUUUCGAUGAAAGUGUAGGCGUCUGUCGUGGAUUUGCGUAUGGUGGCUGCGGUGGAAACAAAAACACAUUCCCAUCCUGUCACGCCUGCAUGAACAGGUGCACAAAUUACAACCCACAUAUGACAUGCCGUUACCUCGAAGUGGAAUUUUUCAGAAAAUUCAUAGCAGGUAGACUCGUUGCAUCAUCACCGCUAUGGAAGCCUGUUCAACCACGCUUGAGUUCAAAGCUUCUCGUUGAGGAAACUGCAGUAAAGCGCAGUUGAUACCAAGAUGUUUCUAGAGGCCGAAAUAAAUAUUUGCUUGCUAAGAAGCAUUGCAGAAAU